AUGACGAUACAUGGCAUGUUCAAGCGCAUCGUGCGCAACGAUGCCAUCCGCGUUGAUCCUCCAGAAAUUUACAACUGGCGAGUAAUCGCCUUGACAGCUUCGGCAUGUUUCGCCGGAGCCCUAUUCGGAGUUGAUGCCGGUAUCAUUGGUGGUGUCCUGGCUAUGCCGGACUUUCAGAGAGAGUUUGGUCUCAACAAUCGUUCUGAUCAAGCACGCGCUGACCUUGCUGGUAAUCUGGUCACUACUAUGCAAGCCGGUGCCAUUGGCGGAGCUCUCCUCUCAAGUCCCUUUGCAGAUCGCAAGGGCCGUAAACCCGCUCUUCUUCUUGUCGCCAUCACGGGGUUUAUCGGUGGAAUUAUGCAAGCAUUUUCCUACGGCCAUCUUUCAGCAUUCUAUAUUGGACGCUUCAUCGAGGGUCUUGGCCUCGGUGCAGGAACAAUGCUCGCACCAACCUAUGUCUCUGAAAACUCACCCCGUGCUAUUCGUGGCUUUCUCGUCGGCUUCUUUCAACUUCUCCUCGUUCUCGGAGGCAUGACGGCCUAUUUCAUCAACUAUGGCUCCCUUCUGCACCUCCCUGGCAAAGCAACUUGGAUGGUUCCCCUCGGGUGCCAAUCCAUCUGUCCAGCGCUUCUCUUUUUUAGCAUGAUAUUCUGUCCGGAAUCACCUCGAUGGCUUGCUUCUAGGGAUCAGUGGGAAAAGGCUGGCGCCGUGCUAUCCGACGUGAGGAAGUUGCCUGUUGAUCAUGCGUAUAUUCAGCAGGAGUUGUUGGAGCUCAAGACGCAGAUUGAUCAGGAGAAGGCGGUCAUGCAGGAUACUGGGUUUUGGGCACUGCAGAAAGAGUGCUGGACGCUACCAUGGAACAGGAAGAGGGCACUUUUGACGGUUGGUAUAGUCACGUUAGGACAGUGGACAGGUACCGGCGCUAUCAACUACUACGCCCCGACUAUCUUUAAAGAUCUAGGACUCUCGAGUACCACAACAGCGUUAUUCGCACAAGGUAUCUACGGUGUAGUCAAGGUCGUGACAUGCUUGAUCUUCAUAUUCUUCCUGGCUGAUUCCCUUGGUCGUCGUAAAUCAUUUAUGAUCGGCGGUGCCAUUCAAGCAUUUUGCAUGUUUUUCAUCGGCUUUUACCUUCGUUUCGGUCCUGAGCCUGGAGAGAAUGAUCAUCCCCCUCCAGCGGGUAUUGCCGCACUGGCGAUGGUGUACAUCUUUGCCGCGGCUUUCAAUAUGAGUUGGGGACCAGUCUCCUGGAUUUACGUGUCCGAGAUCCCUACGAAUCGCCUACGUGCAUACAACGUCGCGCUGGCAUCAUUCACCCACUGGGUCCACAACCUUGCCGUGUCCAAGUCAACCCCAGUCAUGCUUCUGCACGAUCCGUACCGAGCGUACUUUAUCUUUGGAUCUUUCAACUUUUUCAUGGCCGUUGUCGCGUACUGGAUCCCCGAGACCAAGGGUAUCUCGCUUGAGCGUAUGGACGAGGUGUUUGGGAUUGCAGAUUUCUCCAAGGUCGAGGAUGUGGGCAUCGCUGCGAGCCGUGCGAAGAGAAUCGACGAUGAGAAUGUGGAGGAUGUCCAGACUGAUAGGCCAGUCAAGUCAUGA